AUUCGUCAGUGAGGCAUACUCAGGCAGUAGGCUAUCAUUGCAGUGUUGUAGCAUCCUUUCUCUGUGUUGACAUCGACUAAACUAUUUACCAAUAGUGGCAAUACCAUCAUACAAGAUGUGGAUACAAGUUAGGACGUUCGAUGGAAAACAGUCAAUGCGGGUCGAUGGACUUUCAAAGCUAACAAAGAUCGAAGAUCUGCGGGGAAAACUUGCGAACAUUUUUAAUGCUGAGCCAGAAAGGCAGAGACUCUUUUACCGUGGAAAGCAGAUGGUAAAUGGUCAUACGCUGUUUGACUAUAGUGUUGGAUUGAAUGAAAUAGUUCAGAUCAUGAUCAGACCACCAGAUGCUGUGACAAAUAUCAGUGUGACAGACAAAUCGGAGUGUGACGCAGACAACUGCAGCAGCGGUGACGAAAGCGUCAACUCUAAUAAGGAGAAUGAGCCACAGAACAAAACCAAGGAAGUAAUACCAACAGAAGAGAGUGAACCAAUGCACUGUGAUUUAGUUGGGCUAUACGAGGUAGAAGAUUUGGUAGACGCACGAGACAAUGAUAUGAACGCCUGGUUUGAGGCUACGAUUGUGAGAAUAUCGGCAAAAUAUGAGGGCGACUGCGCGAACAAAAACCAAAAGGCGAGCCAAAGCACGACGACAAGUCAAAUCUCAGGGAAUGGCUGCAGCCAAAGCAGUUUGACAGCGCCCAGGCAGCUCAUGGAAGCCACAGACACACCCACACCGACCCCAUGCAACACGGACACACCUGCACCCACCCCAGGUGACACAGACACGGCCACAGCCACUCCAAGCGAAAAAGGGACACCCACGCCGACCCCAGGCGACGCAGACGCGCCCACACCGACCCCGUGUGAUACAGAUACUCGUAACCCUGCCACGAAUGGCGAUUGCCCAGAACAGAACAACAACUUACAAAAAGAUGGCCAGUCGGAGGAGCAUCCGAGGAAGCAGGGAGAAAAUGACGUAGAGGGCGCCGAGGGUCAAGCAAUCGACGCGAUGAAUUCAGAGGUGGCGGAUGUUGACAAUGUGGAAGUUCCAUCGCAGCCCACUGAUUCCCUCAUUUAUCACAUCCGAUAUACUGGGUACGAAGAGGACGGCGUAUCGCAAUUGAGAUGCUCGGACGUACGACCGCGCGCGCGGAAACUUCUGAAGCUGGACGAGAUAAAGCCGGGCAUGACGGUGAUGGCGAACUUUAACUACGACGAGCGCGACGAACGCGGAUACUGGUACGACGUCAGGGUCACGGGUGUGCGCAACACUCGCACGAUCAAGCAGCUCUUUGGAACCGUGCACAUCGGAUUGGAAAAAACACCGCUAACCGACUGCAAAAUAAUAUUCGUCAAUGAAAUCUUCAAGGUUGAGCGUCCAGGAUUUGUCACUCCCAACUGCUCACCACUCAAGCGACUUAGUAAGCCUGAAUGCUCUCACUGCAACGACAACCCACGUAGGAAGUGUAAGGAGUGCGCGUGCGGUAUCUGUGGCGGUAAAAGCGAUCCUAACAAGCAGAUACUCUGUGACGAAUGCGACGCAGCAUACCAUAUCUUCUGCCUGGACCCGCCGCUAGAAGCGAUCCCAGACGUCGAUGAGUGGUACUGCCCGCUGUGUAAGAAUGACGCCUCAGAAGUCGUGAAGGCGGGUGAGAAAUUAAAACACAGCAAGAAGAAGAUGAGUAUGCCUUCUGCUAAGUCGACUUGCAAGAGAGAUUGGGGCAAGGGCAUGGCAUGUGUCGGAAGAACGAAGGAGUGUCGCAUUGUCCCACCGAAUCACUGGGGUCCAGUUCCUGGAGUAGAAGUCGGAAUGAUGUGGAAGUUCCGUGUUCAGGCUAGCGAGGUUGGCGUGCACCGUCCUCACGUCGCUGGCAUUCACGGACGCGAGACAGAGGGCGCUUACUCCAUCGUGCUGUCGGGAGGUUACGAGGAUGAUGUGGAUAGAGGAGAUGAGUUUACGUACACUGGUUCGGGAGGUCGUGACCUGUCUGGAAACAAGCGAACGGCAGAACAGUCUAGUGAUCAGAUGUUGACGAGGAUGAAUAUGGCACUGGCAAAGAACUGUAAUGCGAAGGUCGACGCUAAGAACGGAGCGAAGGCAACCAACUGGCAGGCUGGCAAACCCGUGCGGGUCGUACGCAACUGCAAGGGUAGAAAACACUCAAAGUACGCACCUACAGAGGGCAACAGAUACGAUGGGAUCUAUAAGAUAGUUGAAUAUUGGCAGGAGAAGGGUCAGUCUGGGUUCAAGGUGUGGCGCUACUUGCUACGGCGGGACGACCUAACACCAGCUCCCUGGUCGAAGGCCGGUCAGAAACGCGUCAAGGAACUCGGUCUGGAGAUGCAGUACCCCGAAGGCUACCUGGAAGCCCAGGAGAGCAGUAGGCUGGAGAAGGAGGAGCAGGAAGCCAAGGCGGAGGCGAUGGAUGCGGAGGAGGCUGAGGGUGCGGAGGAUGGAUCUGCAAAGAAGGGGAGGAAGAGCAGAAAAUCUUCGAGUAAAACUCCUGGCAAGGGAAAACGAAAGCGAGAAGAGUCUCCGGACAAAAGCCCCAAGAAAGCUAAGGUGCCGGCGUACAAGAUGGAGUCGGCGUUGCGUAAGCUGAUUGCGGAGGAUGAGCUCAACAAGAAGCUGUGGGAUGAGUGUCUGGUGAUGACCAAGCAAGGAAGCCAGAAGUUUCUGGCAGUGGUAGAGGAACACGUAUGCUGCAUCUGCUGUCAGAAUAUAGCUGUGAAGCCGAUCACUACAAAGUGUGCUCACAACAUCUGCCAGGCUUGCCUUCAGCGAUCAUUUAAGGCGGAGGUGUACAGCUGUCCAGCUUGUCGCACUGACCUGGGCAAAGACUACAGCAUGUCCACAAACAAAACUCUAACACAGAUCUUGCGCACAAUGUUCCCGGGGUACGAGAACGGACGAUGAGCGAAUGCCAAGUGAUUAUAGAGGGCGUUGGUGCUGAAAUGGAAAGUUGGUUGAAGUAGAUGGUGCUGCUCGAUGCAGCACUGGGACGGUUGGCCGUGUUGCACCGGUUUUUGGACGGCACAACGUAAUAUACAUUCUGUAAUAGGAGGCUCCACCUAUAUUUACGCUGAAUCUAUUGUGGGAAAUUGUCCUUUGGUCUUUGACCUGGAAAUUUUAAGCAGGAUUAGGAGAGAUGUAAUAUUGCAUGUAUGAAAGUAUCUGUGUCUUUAUUUCGCAUGAGGAGAACGAAAGAUGUGGGAUUCACUACUAUAUAGAAAUGGGAAAGCAUUGUUUUGGUUAGCAUGAACAUAGUAUAUAGCAUUAAAGUUGUACAGGCUGGUAAGACCACAACAUGUGUCCCUCAGUUUAACAUGAUCAGGUUAUGUGUGCGUUUAUAGAUGAAAACGGGUAUAUGUAGUGAUUGAGAGUACUUAUAGCUUAUUAGGCAUCCUAGCUUAUUGCUAUAAUCAAUGGAGUGAUGCAGUGUUUAGGAAAGUGUUAAAUCUUAGCAUACGUAGCUAGAGUAGGCAUUUGUUUAACUGAGAUGUCUAAGAUAAUGGCGAAGAUUAAUGUUGGAACUGCUAACAAUCAACUUUAUGGAUGAUAUGAGAAAAUAAUUGAAGUGUAUGCAAAGUUGUCAUGUGUGCACAUUGAUGUCAAUGUCGAGGAUGAUUAUGACUGUUAUGAUAGCAUCUAUAACUGCUGUUUGGUUUAACCAUUUUAUACCUUAAUAGUUUUGCUAGAAGCCUGUGUUAAAUUCUAGUUUUGAUCUGCAGGAGGCUAUCUAACACGUUCACCAAUACUUGCAUACCUCUUGUGGUUGCAACUACAGCUGUUAGUAGUUUAAGAUGCAGCCUAAACCUAAGAUCCAUUCGUGUACUGUGAUGUUUGCCUUAAGGCUUAAGCUAUCCUCAUUAUUCGUCCUGAACUUAUGAAAUAUUAUUUAAAAAAUAAACUUGAUGUUUGCCAGGGAAAACGUGAUUUGCAUGUCGGUAAAAAAAGUCCAAAUCAAAUCAGAACUGAAGUUGGUUAUAGGUAAAGUUUUUUAUUGAUAAUUUUGUACACAUUUUUAAUAAUAAAAUUAGUUUAAAUGAA